UAAUACACUUUGAACGCAACUAAACUAAAAGUUUGAUAAAAUGAACCUUUCCACUAUUUCAGUUUUAUUUCUUUUGGAACUUUCUGCAGUAUGCCAUGGAUUAACAAAUCCCUGUCGCCGAAAGUUCGAAGAAGGCCUGGAGAAGUGUUUUGAUGACUCUGUUGGUACACAAGUGGAUGUUAUUCAGACUCUUAUGGGCAGCAGUCAAAACCCUGGAAGCACAGAGACUAUCUGCAGCAAGAAAAGCCAGAUUUUAUCAUGCGUGACAAAAGUGCUCACAAAUGUGACGUCGAGUGCCACAUGUGAAAAGGACCUGACAGAGAUCACCAUGAUUACCGGUCUCUCAGCCCGCUUACAGACACUAAUUGGAGUCCUCUGUACUGAAAGGACACUUCCGCAAAUUGUUAAUCAUUAAUCCGUCCCACUCAUCACCACACUACGAGAUGGACAGUUGGCGUCAGUGAAAAUAUGUCACAAUGAAAAAUAAAAUGAACAACCAAAUUUAA